AUGUUGAUUACUCUAGAAUGCGUUAUACUUGCGUUGCAGGCGGUUGCUGCAGUUCGACUUGCAUUAGAAUCACCAAUUGGAAUUGACAGUCAAUCAAACAAUAGGCUAUCAAAACGAUCACCCGUUGAAUUGGAUGGUGAUGCUAACAAAUGUUUCACAAUGAAAGUCAAUGUUCAUGGGGUCGGUUUGAAUUUACGAGUCGAUUCAUCAGUUUCCGAUAUAGUCGUACCACUUCCUAGUUCAAGCAACGAUGUAGGUUUGACUCCGCAACACACUCCAAAUGGACAGCCCUUUACUAUAAAGUACAAAAACGAAGAGUAUAAUGGGUUUAGUUCCUACGCCGAUGUGACGAUUCCGGGUACUAGUAUAACUGACAUCAAUUUACCAGUACUAGCAGUUCAAAAACAAUCGCCAGAUCUAGUUGGUAUUGGUGGAAGAAUCGAUCAAGGAGUAUUUGGGUUUGCCUAUCCCUCGUUGUCAAAACAUCAUCCACCAGCCACUGCAAUGGAUGUUUUGUACAAUCAUGAUGUCAUUCCUAGAAACGAGAUUGGUCUUCAAAUAUGUCCGUAUGGAAUGCUGCAAGAAAGUUUCAUCAAUAUAGGAAAUACGGACGUAGCUGCAAAAUGCGGAACGGAUGGAAGCAGUGUCGCAUGGGUAGAAUCACCACCAGACGGUUACUUUACUGUCAACAUCAAAAGUAUACUAGUCAAUGGCAAACAAGUGGAUCUACCCGAGGAAUUCCAGCAAGUUGUGGAAAAUGGACGUACUCUGUAUUCAUAUCUACAUACAUGCUUUACAUAUAUACGUUUUCCUAAAACAGUCGUGGAUGUGCUGAUCAAUGCUAUUCUUGAUAAUAAUGCAAUCACUACCAAAGGUAAUAUGCUUAGGCGCAAGCUCAGCAAAAUAAUGGUUAAAAGCACCUUAAAAAACAACUAUCUAAUGUCCCAAUCCGAUUUUAAUAUUGAUUGGAGCAAGCUGCCGACGCUUUCAAUUGUAAUGUUUGCUCAAACCCCCGUAACUGAUGACAAUAGCAAUUCCGUUGUAACAAUCACACUGGGUCCUCGAGACUAUAUACAGAGAUAUGAUUCUAAAAAAUUCCUGUUUACUGUAGAAGUUGGUUCAAAUGACAAUGUAGUUCUUGGUGCAUCAUUUAUGACCCGACUUGGAUUGACAUUUGAUCGACAAAAUGUACGCAUUGGAUUUGGUCCUGGAUGUGGAUGUGAAGUCUCGACUGACGGAUAUCCUAUUAUUUCAAACAAUGAUCAGGUGCUCUGGCCAUUAUCACAAUUGCCUGAACAACCAAGUACUUCAGGUUCAGAUGUCACAUCUACUCCCGGGAGAUCAUUGUCGCGACUUGGUAGUACUCUUCGUGGUACUCUUCGUCGUGGUAGUAGGCGGCUAAAGUUUAAUUACAGGAAAUUUGAGGACUAA